AUGCGCAAUCUCGUCCAGGUGGAGGGCCUGAAUCUCCGCUAUCGAUCCUCUGAAAAUACCGGGACUCUCAUUUCCGAAGAAAACUACCUUGAAAUUAACAAAGAGGUCUACUUUUCCGUGGCUCUCAUUGACCCCUUAGAUAGGACGCCUUGCGAAGCGGUAUGGCGCUACGACUCCCAGGGCAACCGCGUGCGCGUCUCUAAACGCAGCGGGCACCUACUCCCUCUCCCCACAGCUGCUCGCAUUCUCGACGACCUCACCGAUCCAGUGACUGCCGAGGCGGGAGAGAAGGACACCCCAGCGGAAGUUGUCACCAAGGCGACUGUAGACUUUGUUGCAUCCCCACGACUGGAGACCUUCGAAGAGGAGCUGACGCGAGUUUAUGCGCCCGAGGAAAAGCGACAACGAAUGCCUACUUUCUGGUACUGA